AUGUCACAAAUACACAAACUGUUUUUGUCAGAAGAUUAUCGUAAGGACUUAACCAUUGCCUUUGGAGUUGAAUGGAAUGAAAUUACCGAUGGACAACAGACUCUUGUUACACAAUUGGUAUUCCGAUUGUACCAAAUUUUGAUCUUUGAAGUAGAGAAGCAAAUUAAAAAGUCAGAAACAGAACCGAUUGAGUUCAAUGUGGUAGAAAUGAAUGGAGUUGGAUUGGUGAAAGUGUGUUAUGUUGGUGCGUGGGCAGUUCGCAUAUGUCUCAACGAAGGUCGAAAGUAUGCUAUGGCCAACAAGAAUUCGGAAACCAAUAAUAUGCGAGAAAGGUUGGAAAGGGAAAUGUUGGAUCUUUUGGAAAACAACAUAAUAUUUUUCAUGCUUUUAGAAGAGGAAUGA